AUGCUGUCUUCAGGGGAGGGAAAACCUUUCGAUAUUUUCAGAAUAUCCAUAUCCGAUCUCUUCCAAACGGUCGAAUAUCUCCUUACCACUUAUACAGACACUUCUAAAUAUGCCAACCGAUUUUACCGCAACGCGCUAGUGAUAUCAAACACUGAUUUUGAUCUCUUAGAAAAGUGGAAAUGUAGAGAGGAUUCGAAAAUUGAACCACACAAGGUGGAGUCUUUUUAUCGUAAUUUGAUUCUAAUUGUCGAACGCUUUGCCACGGAUGGCAUUGAUGAUAUUGAAGAAGAUGAUCCUAUAGUUAUGAUUUUCAAGGGUUUGAUAUACCUAUCCAUUCUGUCUAGGUACUAUGACUUUGGUAUAACCUGCAUGAGGGUUAUUUCUUAUCACUAUAAAAGCAGCAAUUAUAGGCAUCGUGAAUUUGCUAAAAUUGCCAUGAGAAACACCUUCCCUUCCAUCUUCAAAAGGUUUGUUUUUGUUACCAACCCCCCCAAAAUAAAUCCUCAAUUGCCAUCCAAAACACUUAGCAUUCAAAGUACAACAUCAGACGUUGUGCGCCCAAAAAAAUCAAAUGGUAUUGGUUGCAGAAUUAAUAAUGCUGAGGUUUUCAACUUUGGAAGGAAGAAAUUUGAUUCAGUUAUUAGAUUUUUUGCAUGCAAGUCCUCAAAGUCAUUGCAAUACACCAAAACGCCCCGUCGUGUAUCAAUCAGGCAUCAAUUGGAUGUGGAGAUAAAUGAUGCAUGUUUAGCAUACAUAACUUCCUUGGCUACCAUAAAUUCGGAUAUUUCGGAAUUUUUGAAUGAUUCCGUAAUUGUAACUACAAAAAUACUACAUCACACUCCUUGGUCAUUAGAAGCAUUAAAACUCACUAGAAUGGCAUGCAAAUCGGAAGAUAACACUAUAAAGUGUAUAUCAUAUGGGCUUAAUGUGUUCAUGAAUACGCUAACAUUUAACUAUAAGAAGGAGCCCCCGGAUAAAGUAAUCUCAUUCUCUUUCAUCUUAUCGAUUAUAAGCUCAUUUUUGGCUGUGAAGCAUAGAUUGUUGUGUUAUGAGAGUGUUCAAUUGGACAAUAUCAUAUACAAUAGUGAUUUCUACGUGAAAAUAUUGUUUGAUGGAAUUCGCAGUAUUAUUGGUUUCCAUCAUCCCACAACUGAGAUACAAUGCCAUCAUGUAUUCCUAUGUGUGGAGAUGAUGAAAUGUCUAUAUUUAAUAUUCAAAACGAACCAUGAAAUACUCCUCGAGUGUUGCUACACAUUUCACAUUGUGGACAUUCUUUUAGUGGCGUUAAAGGAAACAGAGGCUCAGCCAGAAAUACUCGGUACUUCUGCCGAAGGGAUUGCUAUUGUUCUGGGUUAUGAGGAUACCAGGAAUGAAUUCAUUGCAUAUGUUUCUAAGGAGACUUCAUACUUUGUACCAUUACUCUCAUAUUUUAAAAUGAAAUGGGAACAAUACCACAAUUCACUCGCAGAAAUUGCUAAACUUUUUAAUUUAUUUCUAAUACUUAGCAAUGAAGGGGAUCCUAUAGCUAAGGAUAUCAAUCAUCAAUUGGAAAUUAAUGGACGAGAUGAAUGCUUGUUAUAUGGCGUUGAAAUAGGUGGUGAAAUUGGAUUAGAAUGCAUAAAAUGCUUAUCCCUGUGUAAAACAUACACGAUUGACACUAUUAUUAGUCUCAGAAAUGUUAUGGGCAUGAAAACAUUUUUCGAUGACGCGUCCCUGGAGAUGAUAGGGUACAUAAUUAAGAUAUUGACAAAAGUUGUAUCUGGAUGUGAUGUUGAGCUACCAGAAGGGGAAAUUGCGGAAAUUUUGGAGGCAAUUCUACUGAUCUUGACCACAAGCUUGCUUUUGGAGGAAAAAUUAUGCGUUAAAAAUGCCAUGUUUGCCAGAAGUUGUGCUGCCCAAUUCAUAGUAACUCUUGGGUACACCAAAACUGGAAAAGAGCUACUCCGUGAAUCCUGCGCCAAAAUAUGUCAUGUACUGUUUUUAGAACAAGAAAACUGUCCGUUCAACCAUAUAGAUUUGCCUGUGGAACGCAUUUGUGAUGGGGUUUCAACGCCGUUGAUGGUAUUGGAUAUGGUUACUUUUGUUGGUGACACUCCCAGGGAAGUUAUCAAACCUAACGUCAAGCAGGCCUUUCGUGUAGUGUCUGCACUGGCUGAUUAUUGUCAACACUUGUCUGGCAACGGUCCGUCACAUGAAAAUAAGUUAUCAGAGCCAGAAUCGCUUAAGAAUAUUUUAAAAAACUGCAUUGACUGUGAGCAGGAUUUCUUCCAACCCAUAAACGAACUAGAACCAAUCUACACUGGUUCCUCCAGUGUUAGUGAUAAGGAUAAAAGGGAAAUGCCAACAAGCAACGCCGAAGGCCUAACCUCCAAUGCCAGUGAAUUCGUAGAGUACGACCUACUUGAAAAGUUGCUAGAUUACUUGUCAAAAGGACGAGAUCUAAAAAAUUACGGUGUAACAGAUAAGUCCAGUUCGGAGUACUUUGUUGGAUUGUUGAAGGGAGAUAAAAUAACUUUUGAGAGGGAAGAGAAACCUAAAUUGCCACUCCUUGGCGAUUGGUUCGUAAAAAAUGCCCGUGGCGAUAUAUGCACUGGCAAGGAUCUAGACAAGGCUGUUACAGAGAACGAUACAUCUAUGCUAACCUUGUGCAAGAUUUCAUAUGCCUCUGCCUGCGGAAUAACAUUGGCAAACUAUCAGAAAGAGUCGGAACUAACGGAAGAUGGUGGCAAUAACACGAACAAAAUAUUACCAACAAAUCUUGUCUGGUCAAAUUGCUACCUUAAAAAGCUGAACCCUUGUUUUAUCGCUGCCGCCUAUCUACGCUGUUUAUACGGACUGCUGCAUAGUAACGCUGCCAAUAAUAAAUAUGUUUGUGACAAAUUUAAACAACCGGCAUUCGUACGCAAGAUAAUCAUUAUAAUAACAAAUAUACCUUUGUUGGAGUGUAAUUUGUAUUCCAAGUUCUUCGCAGUGACCCAAAAGGCGUUGUCAUUUGAACCUUUGCAGCACGUUGAAUCGAUGGAUAUGGCUGUUGUGUAUGAUAUAGUCUCGGGUACAUGUAAUAAGGCAAUUUCAACAAUUUUACCAUAUUUAUCUGCUGGGCCUAACGUAUUGUUCGACCUUAAGAUGUCAAAUUUGCUUGUGUUUGUAGAACAGUUGAUGAAAUUAUUAUAUUUGUUGGUAACCCAGACUCCAUAUAUCAAAUUUUCCGACAAAUUCACCGUUCAGCAAUGGUGCGUUGAAAAGUGUCUGACUAGAUUUAUCACUACACAAACUCUGGAAUUUAUUCACUUAAUACUUAACCAAAUUCUCACAUUGGAGACUGGAUCUUUCCGCGGUACGUUUGUGGCGCAUUAUUACGAUGCGGUGACUAGUAAGAGCAUUGAGGGCUUCUGUUUGAAGAUUUUGCAGGGUAUUAUGUGUACUUGUCCGUCCACAAGGCGUUUUGAGGCUCUUUAUCAUAUAUUAGAGGCCAAGGAAUCAGGUUCUAUAGUGUACCGUCAAACUUUGAUCGAUGAAUUGGUGAUCAGCUCAUAUUAUGAAAGAUAUCGAAUUGCAUAUCAGGGAUACAUUGCGGAAGUUGAACAUGUCCCAGAGGCCGUUACAACCGUUUCCAAAGUCAUCUGCAAGAUACACUCUGAUAAGAUCCCUUUUACCGAGCGUCUGCUCCUCCUUUCUACGCACAACAUCCACAUACUCGAACUUCCCAAGCCACAACAUUUCGAUGACUUGGACCACGUUAAGUUAGAUAUCAAACACGCACUAAAGGGGAAAUAUAUACUGAAAAAAUUGUCUGAAAUUAUCAUAUACGAAUCUCUAACCGAAAAUGUGUCUAUCCAAAGUACUCAAUCCACUAGCACUUAUGACAACGAAAACGAUGCUCUAAAUUUGACUUGUAAGAUAGUUCCCACAAGUCUUUGUUAUAUGAGACUAAAGGUGGAUUGUGAUGUGGUUGAGCUAAUUUUUACCAAAUCGGCAGAUUAUCACAAUCUAUUGGCCAAGCUCUCUCAUGUCAAACCAACUAUAACUAAAUUACCAGAGGCACUACUAAAAUCAAUUAACAUAACCACUUUACAGUGUGACAAGUUUGAUAAAGUGUUGUCGUUGGGUUGGGAGCAAUUAUCAGUGUACUCGUUUGACUGGCAGAAGGGGGAGGAGUCAGCACCUGAAACACACGAAUUUGGCAUGUUAGAAAAGGUUACGUUUGGAGAAAAUCUCACAGUUUUAGUAAAAUUUAAAGAUUCCAAAGAAAAAUCACUUACUUUUUUGUCUGAUUCUUCACUGCAAUCGUUCAAACGAGCAUUAGCACAGGCACUUUAUAAUCUCGAAAACUCAGGGAAAUGGAAACGCACUAUUGACUUCCACUAG